AUGCACAUCCUGGUGGUCAAUGACGAUGGACCGCCCUCGCCGCACUCAUCACCCUAUGUUCACUCGCUCGUGCGUGAGCUACAGGCCCACGGCCAUGUCGUUUCCGUUUGCCUCCCGCACACGCAGCGCUCGUGGAUCGGCAAGGCACACAUGAUCGGCCAGACGGUCAAGCCCAUCUACUACCGGCCGCCGCCGCCCUCGGCACCCGCCGCGGGGCUCACGCAACCAAACGGCCCAUCAUCCGCCCAAGGAGGGAUGGACGCCGCGCAUGGAACGACCCACUCGCGGCCCAGCACCCGCCCGGGAACGGAGGAGUGGAUCCUGGUGGAUGGCACACCCGCAUCAUGCGUGCAGAUCGGCCUGUACCACUUCUUCCAGGACCGCGGGCCCGUCGACCUGGUCGUCAGCGGGCCCAACUACGGCCGCAACACGACGGCCGUCUUUGCCCUCAGCAGCGGCACCCUCGGAGGCGCACUCGAGGCCGCUGUGUGUAAGCGCCGCGCCAUUGCGCUGAGCUACGCCUUCUUUUCGCGCAACCAUGACCCCGUCAUCAUCGCCAAGGCCACGCGGCAGAGUGUGAGGGUUAUUGAAGCACUCGCGAGGGAUUGGCCGACGGAUGGGAGUGUGGAUUUGUAUAGCGUCAAUGUGCCGCUGCUGGAGGGGCUCGAGGAGGGGAAAGUGUUGUAUACGGGCAUGUUGCAGAACUAUUGGAUGGCGGGGAGCUGUUUUACCGAGGUGGAUGGGAGUGUGGACGGCGAGGAGGAGGAUGAGGAGCGGAUUAGAGAGGCUGAGGGGAGUGACAUGGAAGAGGCGCAAGGGGAUGGGAAGGCGAAAGCGGCGUGUCAUACGCAUAAACACUUCAAGUGGUCGCCGAGGUUCACGGACGUGUACCAGAGCGUGGACGAGGCCCCCCCGGGGAAUGAUGGGUGGGCGGUCAAGGAGGGACAUACGAGCGUCACGCCGCUCAAGGCCAACUUCUUUCAGACUGCUACGCACCUGCACGGUCAAGAGUUGCAAUUGGGUCCCUCUAGAAGCUCGACAUUUGGAGAGGUGUCACAAUCAGCGACUGCAGAGACGGGCACUUCAGAGGCUAAGGCCCAGGAGCUCACGAUCCGUGGAAAGGCAUCCCGGCCCACAUACGCCUUGGUGGACUACGAUGACGAAUAUGUCCAGCCUCUGAUAAUUUCGGCCAUGAAGUCUCUCCUGCCGCCCGAAAGCUACGUCCUCCUCGAGCCGCCAGCAACCUGGUCUUCAUCCACUCCGGAGAUUGCCCUGGCAGACAUCAUACCCGAGCCUGCCGCCAAGAUUCUCCAGAUUAUGCCUUACGAGAGCAUCGACUUUGACUACGCCGCCAGCCACGAUGGUACGUGUCUAGUCAACAGCUACAUGAUUCGUAAGGCCCUCAUCCGGAAGCAUUUUCUCUCGGCAACCGUGGACAACUGGGUGGCGAAGCACCCCGAAUCCGUGCUCAAGUCGCACGUAAAACGGAGCGAAGCAUUCGAGGUGGAUUAUGCCGAAUUCCUGGACGACGCCCUGGUUGAGGCGUGGGACCUGCGGGAGAGCAUGGAGAAGAAUGCCUCCUCCGCAACAUCCGGCGGAUGUGACGCCGAGAACGUGGCGGAGCAAAGGAGUGGUACAACCGCCGCAGCUAAUGAGGAGACGCAGUGGUGGAUCCUCAAGCCCAGCAUGAGUGACCGCGGCCAGGGGAUCCGGCUGUUUAGCACCAUGGAGCAGCUGCAGGAGAUCUUUGACGGCUGGGAGCCUGAGAGUGAAGACGAGGAGGAGGAGAAGGACGACGAUGACGACCAGAAUCACAGUCACAGUGGCGGAAAUGACAGCAGCAAAGACGACAGAGACGGUAUCACCACUUCCCACCUCCGCCACUUCGUCGCCCAGCCCUACAUCCACCCACCUCUCCUAAUCCCGUCGCUGGGCAACCGCAAGUUCCACAUCCGCGUCUACGCCCUCGCAGUCGGCAGUCUGCGGGUCUACGUCUACCGCGACAUGCUCGCGCUGUUCGCAGCAAAGCCUUACCAGCCACCCGGGUCAUCACCACAGGACAUUGACCUGGACGCCCACCUGACGAACACGUGUCUCCAAACCCAAUCGGCGAAUACCACCACCUCCACUAACGACAACAACAACGGCAAUAACAACAGCCUAGUCUACCGUUUCCGCGACCUGCCCCUGUCCCCAGAGACCAUCGCGUCGGUGACAGAACAGAUCUGCGCCGUCACAGGCGAGCUGUUCGAGGCGGCCGUGCGCGGCAUGAUGGUGCACUUCCAGCCCCAGCCGCACGCAUUCGAGGUGUUUGGCCUCGACUUUCUGGUCGACGCAGCCGGCACGGCCUGGCUGCUUGAGGUGAAUGCCUUUCCGGAUUUCAAGCAGACAGGGCCCGGGUUGACCGGGGUUGUGGCUGGGUUUUGGAGGGGAGUGGUGAAUAGGGCUGUUAAGGGGUUUGUUCUUGGUGGUUCUGGAGAGAAUCAUCAAGAAGGGGCUGGGGGUGAGGGUGGAGGUGAGGAUGAAGAUGAUGGGAUGGUCCUGGUGAGGGAUGUUGAUUUGGGCAGGAGACGGGGUUAG